AUUUGAAUAUUAAUACUGUGUAUCAGGUAUAAAUUGUUUCUACACCAAAACAUUACAGUUUUGCUUAUUAGAUCUCACACUCUCCCAUUGGUAGUUCUUAAUAUUUUCUUGUGAACGGGACUUUUAUUUUGGUCUGACGGUAUGACAUCAUAAAGCGGCGACACGUUCCUGCAUCUGUUGUGAUUCGGCUGAAGAAAGGACAAACACACACACACAAAAACUCGUUGAAAUGACUUAGAUCCACGUGACACAAUUAUAAAGAUGGUGUUUGUUAAAGAGGAGAGUGAAGACAUGAAAAUUGAAGAAACAUUCAGUGUGAAACAAGAAGAUACUGAGGAACAAACAGACCUGAUGGCACUGAAAGAGGAGAGUAAAGUACUAACAGAGGAGAGUGAAGUACUGCAUGAAAUGGAAGAGAAAGAUCAAUAUAACAAUCUUCAUGAUUUUAUUACUGGAGAAAAAUCUUUUAGUCGCUCACAGACUGAAAACACUUCCUCACGAAAAAUAGCUCAAAAGACUGGAACUAGAACUCAUUUCACCUGCAAACUGUGUGGAAAGAGUUUCAGCACAAAAGGAAACCUUAAAGUCCACAUGAAAAAUCACAUUGGAGAGAAGCCUUACACCUGCUCUCAGUGUGGAAAGAGUUUCAAACAGAAAGGAAAUUUUAAAGUCCACAUAAGAAUUCACUCUGGAGAGAACCUCUACACAUGCCAUCAGUGUGGAAAGAGUUUCAAACAGAAAGGACACUUUGAAGACCACAAAAGAAUUCACACUGGAGAGAAGCCAUUCACCUGCCAACAGUGCGGAAAAAGAUUCAGCCAAAAAGGAAACCUACACAAGCACAUGAAUAUUCACAAUGGAGAGAUGCCAUUUAUGUGUGGACAGAGUUUUGAUCAACAUGAAAACCUUAAAGUUCACAUUAGAAUUUACACUGGAGAGAAGCCUUUCAUCUGCCAGCAGUGUGGGAAAAGUUUCACUCUAAAAGAAAGCCUUAAAAGGCACAUGAGAAUUCACACCAGAGAGAAGCCUUACACCUGCCAACAGUGUGGAAAGAGUUUCAUUCAGAAAGGACACUUUGAAGACCACAUGAGAAUUCACACUGGAGAGAAGCCGUUCACCUGCCAACAGUGUGGAAAAAGUUUCAGACAAAAGCAAAACCUUGACAGGCACAUGAACAUUCACACAGGAGAGAACUCCUACAAAUGCCUUCAGUGUGGAAAGGCUUUCAAUCGUGAAGAACACUUUGAAAACCACAAAAGAAUUCACACCGGAGAAAAGCCGUUUACCUGCCAACAGUGUGGAAGAAGUUUUGGAUUAAAACAGAACCUUGAGAGGCACAUGAUCAUUCACUCUGGAGAAAACCCCUACAAAUGCCUUCAGUGUGGAAAGAGUUUCAAUUGUAAAGGUCAGUUUGAAAACCAUAAAAGAACUCACACUGGAGAUACGCCAUUCGCCUGCCAACAGUGUGGAAAAGGUUUCAGACAAAAAAAGAACCUUUACAAGCACAUGAGCAUUCACACUGGAGAGAACACCUACACAUGCCUUCAGUGCGGAAAGAGUUUCAAUCAUAAAGGACACUUUCAAGACCACAUAAGUAUUCACUCUGAAGAGAACCUCUAUCCAUGCCUUCAGUGUGGAAACAGUUUCAAACGUAAAGCACACUUUAAAGACCACAUGAGAAUUCACACUGGAGAGAAGCCUUACACCUGCCAACAAUGUGGAAAAAGUUUCAUACAGAAAGGAAACCUUGACAGGCACAUGAUCAUUCACACUGGAGAGAAUCCUGAAAGCAUUUCAGAUAUAAAAAAACCUUUAAGUGCCACAUGAGGAUUUAUGUAGUAGAGAACUGUUUUCUAUGUCUUCAUUGUGGAAUUUCACAGACAUGUAUCACAUUAGGAAUCAUGUAAGAACUCACCAGAGACAGAAGCCUUUCAUGGGCCAUCACUGUGGAAAGAAACAAAGCAAACCUUGAGGUUCAAAUUAAGUGUCCCCGAUAUGCACUGCCUUACUGAGCGUUUUCCUUGUUUCUUUGAUUGCCAACCAUGUGUAUGAUUCUGCCUGUUCUUCUUUGAUUGUCUGGACUAUCCCUUUCUAUUUUGGUAGCCUGAUUGGACUGAUAUCUGUGUUUGGACCUAUUGCCUGCCUGCCACUCUGCUUUUGGAUUAUCCAUUGUGUAUGUUCACGGAUUGGACUGAUAUCCUGGUAUUGACCCAUUGCCUGUCUAACAUUAUUUGUUUAUUUCUGCUGCUACUCAUUAAACUCUCUGCAAAUGGAUUCUACUGUAACCACCAUAUGUAAGGAAUGGUAUUAUAAAAAAAUUAAUAAAAUGGGGAAAAUUAUUAAAAGUUGAUCAAUCAAUUUUGGGAAAAUGAAGGCCCUUGAAAGGUGUUAAAAAGUCUUAAUCCCGAUUUUAUGAGGUAUUAAAUUUUGUUCAAGAUUUGUCCAAAGACUUUGACUUCAAAAAGAAGGCAAGAAUAUAUUUAUUUUCCUCCACUUAACUAUUAAAACAACACCGUGCUCGGUCCGCGAUGAUGGCAGUCCAGCCAGAAGAGCAUUGCAGCAAUCAAGCCUAGAAAUGACCAGGUCCUGGAUGAGAAGUUGUGUUGCAUGUUGUGUUAGAAAAGUCCUGAUCUUCCUGAUGUUGUGUAGUGCAAAUCUGCAUGACCAAGCUGUCUCAGUAAUGUGGUCUUUAAAGGUCAGUUGGUCAUCAAAGAUUACUCCAAAAUUUUUAGCCAAAUUUCAUGGGUUAAUUGAUGAUGUACCUAGCUGAAUGGUGAAAUUGUGCUGUAGAGUUGAAUUGGCAGGGAAGGCGAGAAGGUCAGUGUUUGCCAGGUUGAGCUGCAGGUGGUGUUCUUUUAUCCAUGCCGAGAUGUCUGCCAGACAGCUUGAGAUUCGUGCAGUUACUGUGGGAUCAUCUGGAUGGAAUGAAAGGUAGAGCUGUGUGUCAUCAGCAUAGCAAUGGUAGGAGAAACCAUCGUAUGUAUGUGGGUAUAAGCUUCCGAGCUUAUCUGAGUUCUGUUGUAUGGUUGUGCUCUAUAGACUUAUUUGCAAACUACAACUGUUUAUUAAGUUACAGGUUUCUUGCUGAUUAGUGGUAUUGGGUCUUAACUGUAAAUUCCUCUACAAUCAUCUGCUCAUACUGUAAACUCUUGAUCAGUGAAAGUAUGAGCACAAUUAUUAUAAUCUAAUCCAGUUUACUUUACAUAAACCUCCUCCUGAACAGGAUUCACAGAUCUGAUGCUCUGACAACUCUGAAAGAUAAAGAUAGAAACUAGGAUUGAGUCAAAUCAUCAUCAGUUAAAUCCAGAUAACUCAGAAAUAUAUUAGGUAUGAAAGAAGGAAAACUAAGCUGAACUCUGAAAUCAGUCCAGAUGAAUCACAUCAUUACUGUAAAUGUCAGAACUGCAAACUUCCCGAGGAUUGGUGAGCGUCAGCACGGGAUGUUUCCAGCGCUGUUCGCCGCUCCCAUAGCUCGGCCUGCUUCUCCAGAAGGGUCCGAAUCUGUCGUUCCACGGCCUCCAGCUCCAACUGCACCGCAUGCAGCUCGAACGUGUCCUCACCUGCACUCAAAGGUAGAGACACAUCUGAUACACUUGCCAUUAGGAUAGAUGAACAAUAAUAUUGUGAGUGAGAAGAGUACAAAUGCUAGUGUAACUACGCCGCUAUUGCUAGCGGGCUAAAGCUAGUAGUGAAUGUUCGGGAAGUCGGAUAACACUAGCGAUAUCAAGGCAAUCUGAGUGUUUUUUAUAUAAAAUAAUGUUGGGGAUGUGUUCCCCUGCCGUAAAAGAGAGAAUGAUAGGUUAUAAAUUUGCUUGUUUUUUUCUCUUAAAAUCAAUUAGAGCUCCGUCAAGUUGAUUCCUAACUCAAACAGCGUGGCAGCAAUAAACAGGAAGUGAUGUAUUUUCAAUACGUUUCAUGUGAAAACACUGAAGAAAUGACACUUUGCUACGAUGUAAAGUAGUGAGUGUACAGCUUCUAUAACAGUGUAAAUUUGCUGUCCCCUCAAAAUAACUCAACACAGCCAUUAAUGUCUAAACCACUGGCCACAAAAGUGAGUACACCCCUAAGUGAAAAUGUCCAAAUUGGGCUCAAUUAGCCAUUUUCUCUCCCUGGUGUCAUGUGACACGUGAGUGUUUCAAGGUCUCAGGUGUGAAAUUUGGUGUUAUCGCUCUCACUCUCUCAUACUGGUCACUGGAAGUUCAACAUGGCACCUCAUGGCAAAGAACUCUCUGAAGAUCUGAAAAAAAGAAUUGUUGCUCUACGUAAAGAUGGCGUAGACUGUAAGAAGAUUGCCAAGACCCUGAAACUGAGCUGCAGCACGGUGGCCAAGACCAUACAGCGGUUUAACAGGACAGGUUCCACUCAGAACAGGCCUCGCCAUGGUCGACCAAAGAAAUUGAGUGCACAUGUUCAGCGUCAUAUCCAGAUGUUGUGUUUGGAAAAUAGACAUAUGAGUGCUGCCAGCAUUGCUGCAGAGGUCGAAGGGGUGGGGGGUCAGCCUGUCAGUGCUCAGACCAUAUGCCGCACACUGCAUCAAAUUGGUCUGCAUGGCUGUUGUCCCAAAAGGAAGCCUCUUCUAAAGAUGAUGCACAAGAAAGCCCGCAAACAGUUUGCUGAAGACAAGCAGACUAAGGACAUGGAUUACUGGAACGUUGUCCUGUGGUCUGAUGAGACCAAGAUAAACAUUUGAUAUUUGGUUCAGAUGGUGUCAAGCAUGGUGGUGGGAGUGUCAUGGUCUGGGGCUGCAUGAGUGCUGCCGGCACUGGGGAGCUACAGUUCAUUGAGGGAACCAUAAAUGCCAACAUGUACUAUGACAUACUGAAGCAGAGCAUGAUCCAACAUAUUGGAUUCCAACAUGAUAACAACCCCAAACACACCUCCAAGACAACCACUGCCUUGCUAAAGAAGCUGAGGGUAAAGGUGAUGGACUAGCCAAGCAUGUCUCCAGACCUAAACCCUAUUGAUCAUCUGUGGGGCAUCCUCAAACGAAAGGUGGAGGAGCGCAAGGUCUCUAACAUCCACCAGCUCCGUACUUUACAUUGUAGCAAGGUGUAAUUUCUUAAGUGUUGUCACAAGAAAAGAUAAAAAUAUUUACAAAAAUGUGAGGGGUGUACUCAUUUCUGUGAGAUACUGUAUGUUGGUUAUUUUUAUAUCAUUGUUUUGUAUCUCUUUUUUUUCUUUUCUUUGUCCUGCUUUGCUCGCUUGCAGUUGGUUUUGAUGCUUAAUGUAUAAACAUUUGGAUGUCUGUUGCUUUGUGCCAUUAAACUGGUGUUAACUUUUUUCUUUCUUUUUUUUUGCCUUAGACCUGAUGGCACUAAAAGAGGAGAGUGAAGAACUGAAUGAACUGGAAGGGAAAGAUCAAUAUAACAAUCUUCAUGAUUUCAUUACUGGAGAAAAAUCUUUUUGUCGCUCACAGACUGAAAACACUUCCUCACGAAAAAUAGCUCAAAAGGCUGUACUAGAACUCAUUUCAUCUGCCAACAGUGUGGAAAGAAUUUCAGUACAAAAGGAAACCUUAAAGUCCACAUGAACAUUCACACUAGAGAGAAGCAUUACACCUGCUCUCAGUGUGGAAAGAGUUUUAAUCAGAAAGGAUAUUUUAAAGUCCACGUGAGACUUCACUCUGGAGAGAAACUCUACACAUGCCCUCAGUGUGGAACGAGUUUCAAUAGAAAAGAAAACCUUAAAGUACACAUGAUAAUUCACAGUGGAGAGAAGCCUUACACAUGCCCUCAGUGUGGAACGAGUUUUAAUCAGAAAGGACAUUUUAAAGACCACUUGAGAAUUCACUCUGGAGAGAAACCCUACACAUGCCCUCAGUGUGGAACGAGUUUUAAUCAGAAAGGACAUUUUAAAGACCACUUGAGAAUUCACUCUGGAGAGAAACCCUACACAUGCCCUCAGUGUGGAACGAGUUUUAAUCAUAAAGGACACUUUGAAAUCCACAUGAGAAUUCACUCUGGAGAGAAGCCGUUUACUUGCCAACAGUGUGGAAAAAGUUUCAGCCAAAAAGCACACCUUAACAAGCAUAUGAACAUUCACACUGGAGAGAACUCCUACACAUGCCUUCAGUGUGAAAAGACUUUCAAUCAUGAAGAACACUUUCAAGACCACAUAAGAAUUCACACCGGAGAGACGCCGUUUACCUGUCAACAGUGUGGAAAAGUCUUUUGAAAGUCUGAUAACAAACCGGUGACCAUCAAAUUUGUUUGGAAGCGCCGGCCUGAGAGGCUGUUGGAAUUUCCAUAGAUAUGUAUUUAUUUAUAGGCUGCUGUCACUUUAAGAUCGAAUGCACAGAUCCAGUUUACGUUCCCUUAAGACAUAACCGACUGUGUUUAAGAGAAUAGUUGCCGAGACGGGUAUUUUGACAUAAUUUUGUGGGUAUGUGUCCAUCCAAGAGGAGGCGUGAAAGAGGAAUCAAUAUGGAGUUUGCUCAGAAGUUUAUCACAUCACAUGAUUGCCUCAACCUAAUUUGACACUAUAAUCUUAGUAGUCUUAGUAGUUAAUAGUCUGCUGUAAAUCUUUUGUAGCUCAGAAAAGAAUAAUAAUACAGCUUCACAAUAAGAUUCUAUUAAUUACAUUUGGUUAUUAUUUUAGGUAUCAUAAAUUAACAGCAUUUAUAUUAGGGGUGUGUAGCGGAGCCUGUGUCUGUAACAAUCUCCAAAUGAUUUGUGUCUGCAUUCGGAGCCGAUAGCCUCGUAUAUGAAGAGCUUCAGUUGUGCUUCAGAGUCUUGGCUCGGGGACAUUUCUCGAACCUGAAAAAUAAAUAUUGAUACAUAACAUUUAAACAAAAAUGUUUAAUAAAAGAAAAUAAAGUUUAUUAUUAUUUUUUCCAAGAGGAACUUUGUGUUCCUACUUUGUGUCAUAUACAAGGCUAUCGGCUCAGUACAGUUAUGUCAGGACAAUCAUCUAUGAACUCAAAUAAGAGUUGGACUCUGUAAAUGGAAACAAUGGAAUUUGUUACUAUAUAAAAAUAUAAACAGAAUGGGUUAGUAAAUGUUGACAAUAACCAAGAUUA